AAACUUGGCGCAUGCGCAGUGUGUAAGCAAGUUCUCCACCACGUGCUUUGAGUAUAAAAUGGCUGAUCAGACUGAGAAAGCUUAUCAAAAACAAAAAGGAGUUUUCCAGAACAGCAAGGCUGUCCUCCUUGGACUUGGAAAGAAGAAAGGAAAGGGUCAGAGAUUCGUUCGUAAUGUUGGACUGGGAUUCAAGACACCAAAAGAGGCUAUAGAAGGCACUUACAUUGACAAGAAGUGUCCUUUUACUGGCAAUGUCUCAAUUCGUGGUCGUAUUCUUACUGGGACUGUCAGGAGUAUGAAAAUGAAGAGAACCAUUGUAAUACGCCGUGACUAUCUCCAUUAUAUUAAGAAAUACAAUCGUUUUGAGAAGAGGCACAAGAACUUGUCGGCUCACCUCUCCCCUUGCUUUAGGGAUGUUGAGCUAGGUGAUUUGGUUGUUGUGGGUCAGUGUCGUCCGUUGAGUAAGACAGUCAGAUUUAAUGUCCUUAAAGUACAGAAAGCAAAGAGCGGGAAAAAACAGUUCUUCAAGUUUUGAUGAAUUGGACUUGCAAUGAUGUAUUUUAUUUGAAAGAUCAUUAUAGAAAAUGCUUAAUUAAUUGUCUGCAUUACA